CAAUCUCCCAGUCGACCCGGGGCUCGACCCUCGACGACGACGACGCCAGCGGUACUACGAUACACUCGAUACCCUUCUUUUUUUUUCAGCUACCCCGGAUUGCCACCAAGUAUCAAGGUGCCGAGCAUGCUGUCGUCACGCGUCAUCUACUUCGCUCCCACCUAAUCGCCGUCGUUGCUCACCCCCCGCCAAGGAGGCCCAGAGCACUCGAAGCCUGCUGCUGCUCCUGCUAACGCCCGACGCCUGGAGCUUGAUUAGAACUGGAGGACCCGCUGCUCUGACAAGGAAGCCCUUCACGCUCCACGGCAAGCAAGCAUGACCACAAAGCCCAUGGUCGAGCGCAGAAAGAGCGACAAUGGCAAUGGCAACGGCAACGGCACCUCUCCCUUUCUCCGCCCGGAUGCGGCCCAUGGGAGUGCCCAUACGUCCUCUACCUCGACAUCUUCGACCGCCAACCGACUCCUACCCUCCCCGAUACCUCCGCCGACCGCCUCGUCCAUAGGCUCGCAGCGUCCACAGUCAAGAGUCAGCGGUGUGUCUGGACACUCACGCAACGGGAGCGACGGAGCGGCUGUGAGGAAGAGCCACAGCCACUCCAUAUCGAGCACUCCUCGCACGCUGGCGUCGUCAAACAGGAGCGAGAGCGCUGAGAACAGGGAGAAGCAACGUGCUGUCAGGACACUGCCUUCAUGGGUUCAAUCCGCCGACGAAGACGAGAAUGUCGAUGCAACCUCCCUUCUCCUCCCACGAACACCUACCUCCGCCCGCCCUGCCUCCCAUCACUACAUGCCCACGCCAAAGUCCAAUGUCCCUGGUCGCAAAUUCGACCAUGCUCGCGAAGGCGCCCCGGUUACGCUCUCCACGCCCAUGAGCGACAGCGCCUCGAAAUGGAAAGUGUUUGCCCAAUCGUCCACCAAUGACCAUACCGACCGUCCCAUUUCGUCUCGCGGCCACGUCGUCGACGACAAUUGGAUGAAAGACAACCUGCCCGACCUCGAAACAAAGUGGGAGCCCAUAGACAACCAGGACCAGGAAGAGACACUCAAGGGCUACUGGUUGUUCAGCCCAACCAAGCGGAAGCGCAAAAUACUUCGAUUCCAUAGGACGGUUAUGAACCAUCCCAUGGUACCUGCCGUAAUCCGCAUGGUCGUGCUUACCUUCUCUAUUCUGGCUCUUGCGCUUGCAGGCGCUAUAUACCACAAGUCCGACAGCGCGAAUUGCCUCAAUAACUCGUCCACCUGGAUGGCUAUUCUUGUUGAUGUCGUUGCUAUUUGCUAUACACUCUAUAUUACCUACGACGAAUACACUUCGAAACCACUGGGCCUGCGCUCACACAACGCGAAGAUGUCUCUGAUUUUUCUCGACUUAGCCUUUAUUGUCUUUGAAUCGGCAAAUCUGAGUCUGGCAUUUCAAGCUCUGACUGAUGACAAAUGGGCGUGUCAAGAUUCUCCAGAAGAUAUCGGCCAAGCUUGCCCGUAUACGAGAGCUAUUUGUGUACGGCAGAAAGCCUUGACUGCUACCCUGUUAAUUGCCCUGCUAGCGUGGAUAGGGACGUUUACUAUCAGCACUCUCAGGUUGAUCCACCGCGUAGCGAGGUAGCGUGCACGUCCUAUGCCGAUCUUCCAAUACGUUCUCUCUGCAAUCUUUACCCUGUGUAUUAGUAUACAUUAUGUUCUCAGCAUUGACUGAUUCGCGCUUUCAUCCUUCUAGGCAAGACGAUGCACCCCUCCAUAUGUCUACUUUCUCGCCCAUGCGGCGGCGACGUGGUAUACCCAGACAUUCACACCCUGUUCGAUUUCAUUCCCGUGUUCAGACUCGUUCCUAGUCAUCUCGUAUCAUUAUUUUGAGCUGGCAUCAGCGAGGCGUUAGGGGUUUGGUUUGUUUGCAUAGUUAACGCGCGGUGCAAGGCAUGCAUCGUGAGGUUCCUUGUUUGUGCUUAUGGGAAGUUGGUGGAUGGGGACAGUGAGGCUGCCUACUGGAAAGAUAAAAUACAUUGUGAGAAUUCGGGGGGAAAAACAGGCAGUAGAAUAGAGCGACGUGGACCCUAGUAAAUACAACCAAUAAUCAACUAAACAUAUCCAACUGC